GCCAUGUCGGAUGCUUUCUAUCUCCGUUAUUAUGUGGGCCAUCGGGGAAAAUUUGGCCACGAAUUUUUGGAAUUCGAGUUUCGACCGGAUGGUAAACUAAGAUACGCGAACAACUCUAACUAUAAAAACGAUACCAUGAUUCGCAAGGAGGCAUACGUGAGUCCCGCAGUGAUGCAAGAAUUACGAAGAAUAAUAGAAGAAAGUGAAAUUUUAUCCGAAGAUGAUGCCAAUUGGCCAGAUCCUGAUCGAGUAGGAAGACAGGAACUCGAGAUAGUGUGCGGGGACGAACAUAUUUCAUUCACUACGUCGAAAAUCGGAUCCCUAAUUGACAUAACUAAUAGCAAGGAUCCAGAAGGGCUGAGGACAUUCUACUACCUAGUCCAGGAUUUAAAAUGCCUCGUAUUUUCCCUCAUUGGAUUGCACUUCAAGAUAAAGCCCAUUUAAUGCGACACCUCACCAGCAGCUGUACAUUUUAACCUUCCUACUAUAAAUGUCCUGCUCCACUGUUCAUCC